AUGUCAACUGUUGCGAAAAAUGAGAAAGAUGCAGCUCUGAUUGUAGCCGAGGAGAUGGUUACAAUGGAAACAGAAGCAACGAUUAAUCAUGAUGUUCCUAACACGAAGCAAGAUGGAAAUGAUGGACACCAGGGAGAUGGGGCCAGUCCCAUCAAAGACGAAAAAGAUGACACAGUUCCCGUGGGCUGUGAUGAUGAUGAUGGCGAGGAGGAUGACGAUCCUUAUUCUUAUACAAAAAGGAAUCUGUUCACGUCUGAAAUCUACAAAAUAGAAGUAACAAACUUACCCAAACAUUAUGGUUUCAAACAAUUAAAGAAGAUGUUUACUAAUCAACUGAAUUUGAAACCAAACAAGAUCAAGAUUUUCAACAGAGCCACGUAUUGCUUUGUCACAUUCAGGUGCGAAGAAGACAGAGAUUCUGCCAUCAAAGCUGUUAAUGGUUUCACAUGGAGGAAAAACAAACUUGGUGCAAAGAAAGCUAACCCUGCUCAGGACCCUCACAUCAGGAGUGCCCAGAAAAGAAAAUUAGAUGUCGAGGCGACUGACAGCAAAAACAAAAUUGUCAAGAAGACUAAUGAAGAGAGUAUGUUGUUGGAUGACAGUAUACCAGUACAUGAAAAGUUAAAUAAUGUGGCUACUCCACUAUGGAAGCUGGAUUACAAAGACCAAUUGGUAGUGAAGGAAAAGGAAAUGAGUGAAGUUCUCAAGUUCAUUGCAAAGAGAAUAGAAAAGCAGUGUCCAAACAUGUUGGGUUACAUCAAACGACAGAAGAGGUUAUACAAUCAUCAGUGUUGCAAGUUGGACUCUAUCAAACCUUCUCCUGUUACUGAAGCAUACAGAAAUAAAUCUGAAUUCUCUAUUGGUGUCAGUCCUGAUGGACAAGGUAAAACCCUCAUUAGUGUACAACUUACUCAGUGUCUUCACAUUUGUUAUCUGUUAUUUUGA